AUGGACCAGACUAGCGAGACCUCAUGGUCCGAGGCUGCCGAGCCUGAGGAGCUGGGCUCCUCACAACCACACUCUACCCUCGCAGCCCGCCUUCAUGAGCUCUUCGAAGAAAACAUCACGGCCAAGAUCUGCCGCACCGCAACUAAAUCUCUCGAAGACAAGCUCGCCUACAACUCGAAUGAAGUGCGCAAGACCCCGAUAGCCUUCCCAGAGAUCGUGCCACAAGAGGGUCCUCACGCCGGCCUGUACGAGUUCCGCGACCCGGACUUCUGGACAUGCGGCUUCUUCCCAGGGACGCUGUACGCCCUAUUGGAGCGCACCAUCAAGUACCCGCAGACGAUGCAUCUUCAGGACGCAGGGUCGCAGCUCGACGUUGCAAGCCUGCGCGCGCAUCUGCAGAACUUAUGCAGCAUCUGGGCUGAUCCCCUGCAUGGCAUGGCCAGCAGGACGGAUACCCACGACAUUGGUUUCAUCAUCAUGCCCGCUCUUCAGCGAGACUGGGAGCUCACAGGUAAUCAGAGGAGCCUUGAGUCGAUUGUUCGGGCUGCUCAUAGUCUCGCAACACGAUACAUCCCCUCUGCGGGCGCGAUUCGUAGUUGGGACUGUCUCCUGAAAAAGGACAUCACGGUCACCGACAUGAACACCAAUCUCCUCGCCAUCAUUGAUAGUCUCUGUAACCUCGAUCUUCUCUACUACGCAUCUACGCAUACUGGAGACACGUCUCUAGCAGACAUCGCAACCACGCACGCCCGCACGCUUCUCCGCACCCACUUCCGGCCAGAAUCUGCCAGGACCUUGGCCAAGGACGGGUACAAAGGCCAGCUUUACUCGACAUGCCAUGUAGCCAACAUCGAUCCAGCCACGGGAGAUCUGAAAUGGCGAUGGACGGCACAAGGGUACUCCAACGAUUCGACCUGGAGUCGUGGGCAGGCAUGGGCCAUUCUAGGUUAUGCUCAAACAUACCUAUGGACAAAGGACAGGGUGUUCUUAGAGGCGGCGUGUGGGGUGGCAGAAUACUUCUUGUACAGAAUCGACACCGCACCAACUUGCGUGGAUGUUCCAGUCUUCAGUCACGAUGACAUCCUAGCUGAUGGUGCAGAGAGGCGGCCCAAGGGUCGCAGAGUGCCCCUCUGGGACUUCGAUGCUCCUAUUCAAGAUCCAUCGAACCCCCUUCGAGACUCUUCGGCCGGCAUGAUCGCCGGAAAUGGCAUGCUUCUCCUCUCUCAGGCCCUCAGAAGCGCUCAACAGCACUCCCUAGGCCGCAGAUUCUUCGACGCGGCCAUUGAAAUCGUUACCGAUACCAUCAACCACUCACUCGCCACCGAGAAGGCUCAAUUCAUCAGAGACGGCAUCCAUAGAGGCAUCAAAAUAGAGGACUCGGUAACCGGAAAGUACUUUGACGGCAUCCUCAAACAUGGCACUGCAAACAACAACGAGAACGCGAGGCGCAGGUACGCCAAUCACGGUCUUGUGUACGGGGACUACUACCUCGUGGAGUUCGGAAACAGACUUUUGAACAUGAGCAUGGUAUAG